AGUCAUCUCUCUAAAACCAUUGCUGGCCUCUGACUCAGCUUGAAAGGAAAGACUCCAACACCGUGCGGGAUUUUCUUCCUCUAUUUCGGAGACAGUAGGAUGUACUGAAAAAAAGCAUUGGUCCAGUAGAAGAUCUGGGUUGGAACCCAGACUUUGUCACCAACCAACAGUAACCUUGGACAAAUCCCGUCUCCUCUUUGAACCUCAAUUUCCCCAUCUUUAAAAUGGGAGCCGUGAUCUGUGCUUCACCAGACGCCUCCCUCACAAGGAUGCUCAGGGAAUCAAGAGAUCGCGCAAGCCCAAAGGCUUUGCAUACUGUAAACGGUGAAAGUAAGAGGCUCGCUUUUUAAUCCGAGGGAACCGUGUCUGAGGCUAUUACUGUGAUUCACUGGCGGGGCAGGAGAUGUGCUGAGCAUUGCCUUGAAGUAUUGAGCCCCCAGUCUUGAUUCAUCCCCAAAUCAAAGACGGAAACACCGGGGACAGAGCAAAAACUCAAGUUAGAGAGGGGCGUGUGUGUAAGGAGGUUCCUCGGGAUGGAAUCCGCCCCCGCGCACUCCUCGGUUCUGGGGACCGAGGCGAGAGGGGCGGACGGCACCAUCCCCACGGGCACGCGCACCGGGCGCGCGGAGGCUCCCCCUAGCCUAGGUAAGCGCCCCCAGCGCGGCGCCGGGUAGUCCCCAGGCCAGUCCGGGCGCGCAAGUGCCAAUCCGCGCGCAGUCCCCCGCGGCUCUCUCCCCGCCCCUUCCUCUGUCUCUCUUGGUCUAGCCAGCCUAGCUCUGGGCUCGGCCAAAGGCAAGCCGGACGGCCGUACCGGACCCUGCGCUGCCGGCCCCAGGCCCGCAGUAGCGGGCAUGCUGGCAUGGCAGGACGGCGGGGCCAAGGCAGCUCCGUCUCACCACAAGAUCUCCUUCUCGGUACUGGACAUCCUGGACCCGCAGAAAUUCACCCGCGCUGCGCUCCCGGCCGUGCGCCUGGCUCCCCGGGAAGCCAAGAAAAGUUUGGCGGAGGUCGAAGUGGCGAAGGACGGCCGCUCCCGGGACAUGGGUCGACAGCAGGAGACCCCUGAUGCUGCGGGCCGAGGCGCCGGUCCGGAGUUCCCGCUGGAGGGCUCCGAGGCCGAAGAGGAGGACGAGGACGCGGGACCGCCGCGGCGGCGGGAGAGGGCUGCGCGCUCUCCGGAGGCCCGGGCCGGGGCGUUGGUGGCUGGGGAGCGCGGCACGGACGGCGGGGACGGCCCCGCGGAAUCCCCGGGCUCGCCCGGCUCCCCGCGACCCCGGCGCCGGCGCGCGGAGCCCAAUUGCGCCAAGCCGCGGCGCGCGCGCACCGCCUUCACCUAUGAGCAGCUGGUGGCCUUGGAGAACAAGUUCCGGGCCACGCGCUACCUGUCGGUGUGCGAGCGCCUGAACCUCGCGCUGUCGCUCAGCCUCACGGAAACGCAGGUCAAAAUCUGGUUCCAGAACCGCAGGACCAAGUGGAAGAAGCAGAACCCGGGCGCCGAAGGCGCGGCGCAGGCGGGAGUGGGCGCGUCCCAGCCCGGGACGCCCAGGGCCGCAGCGGGCAGCCCUGGCGUUCUGCCCUUCCAGACUUUCCCCGCCUACUCGGCAGCCAACGUCCUCUUCCCAGCCACCACCUCCUUCCCGCUGACUGCCGCCUCCGCCGGGAGCCCCUUCGCACCCUUCCUCGGGCCCUCCUACUUGACCCCCUUCUACGCCCCGCACCUAUGAACCGCAGCCCCUCCGGACCCCACCUCGCCGGGGUUCACCAGGGCUGGGCGUAAUCGUGGGCCCGCUCCUCGAAGGAAGGCGCAGCUGCGCAAGGACCGCCCCCUCCUGGCGCGCGGGUGUCAGCGCGCCCGGGCUCUUCAGCUGCCCGGAGACGCCGCCAGAGGGCGGGGAGAAGCCGGCUGCGGACUCCGCGCGCACCCCCUUCUGCCGGCGCGCGCCCUAGGUCCACGCGGGCCACAAAGGGGUCAGGGACCUAUUAUCUUCAAAAGCGUCGGGAUACGGAGACUGUCCUCAGAUCUUUCUGGACCUUGCUCUUCACUUUUGACCAGGUUUAAUUCAGUUCAAGGGCUCUUUUUUGAAGGUGUUGGGUGCCCUGCCCGUCAGCUGUGCGCAGUCAGGAGGCACCUGCAAAGGUUCUAACUCGGAGGGUAUGGAGCUCUCCCUUUCAUAGCCGACUGCGUCCCCUUCAUACUUGAUUAUUGGCCCAAACCCGGGAUUCCUUCCAAAUACUCAAUGAAGCUAGGAGAGCUUGGCCCAUGUACAAACUGCCAGUGUGAAAUGGACUGUUUUUAAAAAUUCAUUAGAACUCAACAUUUCUAGAUGGUUAUUUAAGAUUUAGAUUGGAGAACGAUACUCAUUCCAAACAGACUCUCCGCAGGUUAUUCCUGAGAGAGUGGGUACCUUAUUUUUCUGAAUAGGCCCCAGGUUUGUUUAGGAAAGGUAACCCAGCUUGGUAGCUAGACUUGGCUGCUAAUGUAGACACAGGUCUUCUACACUGCAGGUUUUGAGAACAGCUUGGGUCAAACCUCACAGUGACCCCAAAUGCAUAAAAAUAAUAAUGAAGGGAGUCAUGGCUCAGCUAAUAUCAUGGGGUCUAUGCAAACGGCUGCCUAUUUUGAUUUGAGAUAUUUGAUAUUUUAAAACUUCAGUCUUGGCUAAUCUAUCUGCCCCCAGCAAUUCCUGGGCUCUCAAAUAGUGAGCCAGGUUGGGAGAGAGCUGGCCCCACCAACACACACUACAUAUGGACUUUUGGACUAAUUUUUAAAAGCACAAACUCAGCAUUUUUAGAUCUUCAUCUAGGAUUCUGACUUGAAAGCAAUUCUUGUUCUAAACAGACUGUCCUGGUAUGGUGCUGUGAAAGUGAUGCUUCUUCCUGGGUGUAAGGAGCUACCGUGGAAACCAAACCCCUGUUCCUAACAGAUUCAACUGCAAGAACUUACCUGAACACACAUUCUAACUGCUACUUUUAUUAUCUCCCUUAAAAAAAUUUAGAUCUUCCAAAAAAUUUCCUUGCCAGUUUUGUUUGGAAUGCUCUUCCUUUAGUUUUCUUUCUUUCUUUCUUUUUUUUUGGCUGGGGCUGGGUUUGAACCCGCCACUGAGCCACAGGCGCCGCCCUAGUUUUCUAUAUAAUAGGAUCUUGUAGCCUAUGUCUUAGAAACCCAGGGGUCCCCAACUAUGUCUUAUAUGUUUCAUCCUCACUUUGGUAACUCGUGGCCAGCUGAGAUCUGUAUGAAUACUAUAUUCCUGGUAGCCUAUGCCGUUAACAAUGAAAUUUAAUGAGCAAUGGCUUCAAAGUAAAAGCGCACUGUUUGGUAUUGGGAACACAUUUGUUAUUGUCAUUUUGAAAUAUCUAGUUCUAUUAUCAGGAAUGAUGGAAGAUACCCACCUUUUUCCUAAAGUAAGACUUCAUAAUUGAGUCAUAAAAUUUGAGAGUAAAUAUUUAAUUAUGUAUUACUUACUAGUUAGACUCCUUCUUUCUAUUCUAAAGAAAAAUAUUCUCCAAACAACACAUUAUAACCUUCUAAAAGACAACUGGUGCCAGAUGAGAUUAAGAAGGCAGUUACCGUAAUAGAGAAUUUGAUUUUGUUCACUUUGCAUGUUGGUAAACCCUUCUUCAGUAACUGCUUGUUGGUUUCCCAAAGGCACUAUUCCAGGCAAGUCAAGUGCACAGGGCAAACUCUGUAACAAAGCUGAAUUUCUGCAAUAAAGGGCAAAUAUUUAAUUCCAGUCCUCUCAGAUGGCAGAAUCAAGGACUUCAGUUAAAAAGAAAGCACAGGGAGGGAGGUGGGAGGCUCCCCUGUGGACUGGCAUGGCCCUGUAAUUCCUGACUCGUUUCCACAAACUGUCAUGGACUAAUGCUUGAGGCAUGUGACUUGGAACUUCUGCUGCUUUAAAAGGCCCAGUGGCUUCCCAACCAAAUCCU